UCGCGCUUGGCCCUGCUCGGCGGCGAGAGCUUCGCCGGGAGCCGGCUUCCCACGGCCGGCGGGCGCCGAGGGGACGGGCCGACCUCCGCGCACCUUCCCGGCCCCGCACGUGCAGAGGCGGGCGAGCGGCUGGCGCCCGGGAGCGCGGCGGAGAGCCGGGCGGGCCCGGAGCGCGCUGGUGACACCGAGCGCCCCGCGCCCCGACACCAUGAGACCUGCCGCGCCUCCUCGCGGGCCCGGGGCUUCGGUCUCCGCUCGCUGAGCCCCUGCGCUCGCCACCACGGAAACUCGGAAAGAGGCGGCGAGGCGCUGGAGAGCCCCGCCGAGACGGACUCGACUUGCCCUCCGCCCCCCGAGAGGCUGGCGGUCUCCGGUUCCCUGGGCUCCUCUAGCUUCAUCAAGAACCUGAUGCAAGCUUGGCUUUAGGAGAAAUUCAGAAGCCGGAGAGAGAGUCGAGGCAAUUCUUUGGUUGCUAAGCGUGAGUGAAGACACCCAGGAUGGCUCAGGGAUCUGGGGAUCAAAGAGCAGUGGGGAUUGCGGAUCCAGAGGAGAGUUCUCCCAACAUGAUUGUCUACAGCAAAAUUGAAGAUAUCAUUACAAAGAUGCAAGAUGACAAGACAGGGGGUGUGCCCAUCAGAACAGUCAAGAGCUUUCUCUCCAAAAUCCCCAGUGUUGUCACAGGUACUGACAUUGUUCAGUGGCUCAUGAAGAACCUUUCCAUCGAGGACCCAGUUGAAGCAAUACACUUGGGAAGCCUUAUAGCUGCCCAAGGCUACAUCUUUCCAAUCUCAGACCACGUUCUCACCAUGAAGGAUGACGGCACCUUUUAUCGUUUCCAGGCUCCUUAUUUCUGGCCUUCGAACUGCUGGGAACCUGAAAACACUGACUAUGCCAUCUACCUCUGUAAGAGGACAAUGCAGAAUAAAGCAAGGCUGGAGUUGGCAGAUUAUGAAGCAGAGAAUUUAGCAAGACUCCAGAGAGCCUUUGCCAGGAAGUGGGAAUUCAUCUUCAUGCAAGCAGAAGCACAAGUAAAGAUUGAUCGCAAAAAGGACAAGACAGAAAGGAAAAUUUUGGAUAGUCAAGAACGGGCUUUUUGGGAUGUCCACAGGCCAGUGCCAGGCUGUGUGAACACAACAGAAAUGGAUAUCCGAAAAUGUCGACGUUUGAAGAAUCCACAAAAGUCAGUGUACGGUGUGACUGAAGAGUCCCAGUCCCAGAGCCCUGUGCACGUGCUCAGCCAGCCCAUCAGAAAAACUACGAAAGAGGACAUCCGGAAACAGAUUGCAUUUUUGAAUGCACAAAUUGACAGACAUUGUUUGAAAAUGUCCAAAGUGGCUGAAAGCUUAAUUGCUUACACGGAACAGUACAUGGAAUACGAUCCCUUGAUAACACUGGCUGAGCCGUCCAAUCCUUGGAUCAGCGAUGAUGUCACUUUGUGGGACAUAGAGAUGAGCAAAGAGCCCAGCCAGCAGCGAGUGAAAAGAUGGGGCUUUUCUUUCGACGAGAUAUUGAAGGACCAGGUGGGGCGGGACCAGUUCCUACGGUUCCUGGAAUCCGAGUUCAGUUCAGAAAACCUCAGGUUCUGGCUGGCUGUCCAAGAUCUCAAGAAACAACCCCUACAGGAUGUGGCCAAGAGGGUGGAAGAAAUCUGGCAAGAGUUUCUGGCUCCAGGGGCCCCAAGUGCAAUCAACCUGGAUUCUCACAGCUAUGAGAUAACCAGUCAAAAUGUCAAAGAUGGAGGGAGAUACACAUUUGAAGAUGCCCAGGAGCACAUCUACAAGCUGAUGAAAAGUGACAGCUAUGCCCGCUUCCUCCGGUCAAAUGCUUACCAGGACUUGCUGCUGGCCAAGAAGAAGCCAGAAAGUGAGCAAGGUCGUAGAACUUCCCUAGAAAAAUUCACCCGCAGUGUGUGCUGCUGGCGCAGAGUCAGAAUGGCCGCUGCAUUUCACCCCCGAGGUGGCUUCCUUCCAGCAGUGGGGAAAGUCACUGGCGGGCAAGCGCCUCACCAGCCUGAUGCAGUCCUCCUGACCGGGCCUGCGGACCCCACGGCCGGGCGGCGGCGAUCCACGUCGGCAGACAGAGUUUCCUUACGAGGAGAUUUGGUCACUGUGAAGGAGAAAGAGUGAGGGCGAUGAAGGGUGACAGUGGGGAGACUUGGUGGGUGAACAGGGAGAUCAGAAAGAAAGAGCCUGGGGUCGGCAGUGGAGGCCCCUGUUUACAACCCCCUCUUCCUUGCACGGUUGUGGUCUAACACUGCCCUGACGCUAACUCCUUCCUGGGAGAACACCGUGUAGGUUCCUGUGCUGAUUAUCACUUGAGAUUAUGUUAUCCUCACUCCUCCUGCUGUCUGGUGUGUGGGGGGGGGGGUCACACCUUCUGGCAAACUCAAGAGAGACAAGAGCACAUCCAGUAUUAUCAUCACCUCCCUGCCCUCUCUCUGGUGCACCCACCAUAGUUACAGCCACCACGUCCCAGUUGCCACCUGUCUUCCCCAAGUCUCUGUGGCCACCCUUGUAUCACUCCUACAUAAAAUACCCACAUCACGUCCUCAGCACUAGAGCAGCCUCCUGGUUGGCCUCCCCUCCAGGUCUCCCCACCAGCUUGGAGACCAGCUUUCAGAGAGGUCUCCGCUAACAUAGUGGCUGCCCUCUCUCUGGUCCUCUCAAAUGUCUCAAAGGUUCAGCACUCCAGAAGCACUGAUGUAGAGGACAGAGCUUCUUUUCAACCGCUGUUGAGGUUCUGAUGACCAUCCUUUAAAAAUGGUUACUUCACAAUCCAUUCUGUUUUCUCCCCCUUGCUCUUCAGUUUGUUCCCUCCUGUUUUACUCAAAAUAAAUACGGCCGUGAACUCAGGGGCCAUUGGGAGUGUCCCCUCUGGCAACCCCAGGCGGGAGCUGGGAGGGUUCCCAGCCUGGGAGGAGGCUGGAUUGCAGGGUCAGCAGGGCCCCUUGCAGGGUCAAAUCACAAUGGGAUCUGAAGCUGUGGCUGAGCAGGCUAUGGAGGGAACAGGCCCACGUGGUCCUCUUCCCAGGCAUCCCCACUAAACCAGUCAUCUAAGGGAAAACAAAGCCUGCAGAAGAUCCACUUGUAGUCCCUUUGUGUGUGUGUGUGUGUGUGUGUCUAAGUGACUGUUUGCCAAUGUGGCGGUGAGGGAGUGUUUGUAAAGCACCAAGUCAGGAGCUUGAUGCCGAGUAGGUGAUUAGCCAGUGGUAGCUGAUGCUGUCACCAUUGUCAUUGUUCUCAUUGUGACACUGUUAGCCCAAAGACAGAACCUGUUUUCAAAUUCAGACACUCACUCCCCCACUUGCUAUGACUAUAUCCUCCUUUGAUCUAUUUUUGGCCAUAGGUAAAAAGUCUCCCUUGGGAGUGUAUAAACAGGAAACACAGAAGCAAAAAAGUAAUCACUGGUAUUUCAUCACUCAUGUAGCCAAAGUCGCCAGCUGGUGGUGACCAAAGGCUUCCACCCUUGCUUGUCUGCAGUCCCAGCCUCCUGGGGACUCCCUGUGGCCCAUCUGUCCUGCCCCCACGUCUGAGUCCUAUCCAGGUCUCUUUCUACACAGCCCCAUCUCCAGGGCACCAGCCUUCCAUCCUCACAGCAAAGCCUCGCAGGUAUUCAGGGUCUUCACGUUGUUGCUCUUGGCUCAUGGGCUCUUGGCUAUCAUGCCUCGGUUUCCCCCACUGGCAGAGUGCCUCUCUCUCCAAUGUAGAUUGGAAACUAGAAAUGGGCCAUAUGUUGAGUCUUCUGAGGGUCUCCAAAGGUAGAGCUGCAGACCCAGAUUCCUGCCAGACAUGCGCACGCUGGCGCAGAAGCUGGCCCUUCACAGAUAUUCAUUCAUGAUGGGCGAAUGAAUGAAAUGAAGCCCCCUCCUAAGGCAUAGGGUUUUUUUUUUACUUCCCCUCUCCUCAUUCUACCCUUUGUUAUCCCCUUUCUCUUUAUAAGCCUUCUAUUUAAGAAUAACAUUGCAGUCCAUGUUGAUCUUCCCCCAACAUUGUCCCCCAAAAGCUCUUCUCUGCUUGGGACCCCAGACUGUGCUGACACCCAGGUGUAGGCUAUGACAAAGGGUAAGCAGCAGACACCUCUGUGCCCUCAGUCACUCGGGGCAAGGGCCAGGCUUUCCCCGCCCCGCCCCAUGGGCUGCGGGGCCAUGCUAAGUCAGGCUGUAGACACAGCAGGGCUGGCUCCCCUGGCAUGACUUCUGUGCUUCCUUCUCCUGCUGACCUAGCCUCACCUGGAGGUCUCCAGAGGGCCAAUACCCAGAACCAAGAGAACCAUUGCCCUGAGAUGGAGCAGGCUAAAGGCUUCCAAACACCUCUGGGGACAUCCAGAUAGGGCAGGGUCAAUAGAACUCAUAGAGGUAAGGACGCUUCAGAUGAUUCAAGCCCAGAGCAAUAACCCCCCCAUACCCAUCCCCCAAGUAAGGCCACUCAGUCUGGAACCACCACCAUGUGCUCCCCAGGAGAUCAAGCAAGAGGCUUGCAAGAAAGGUAUGGAACAAGGCUGUUCCACCCAAGUUGGCCAGUCCAAGGUGAUCUCCCAUGCAGACCUUGUCAUGCAUUUGGAAAAUCUGGUCUUGGCCAGUUCCCUACUGGCCAGGUCUACACAGCCAAAGACUCAGACUAGAUUAGAAUUUUGAAGGCAGUCCUGUAGCAAAGCAGCUUCUCCUGCCCAUCCUGCCCUGUAGAAGCUGCCUUAGCUCCCUGACUGGAGGUGGCCUCUGGCCUGGGACUCACCCCUGUGAGGGCAACAGGGCAAACAUCAUUUUGGCAGCCUCUGCAACUGGAGCACGAGAGUAGCCCUAACGAGUGACCACCUGCCCCUCAGAUCAGACACACAAGGCGCCACGCAUUGGCAUCUGACUGAAAUACACUAAAAGGGAGAGCAAAACGUGUAAGCCAGCAAAUUCAGCUGCACAACAGCAACCAGAUGGCCUGCCCCACACUGCAGAAACUCUCUGGGCUGGGGAAAGGCUCCUGCCCUUCCAGAAAGUGAUGCAUCAGCUUUGUUCUCCUGGGAAGGUGUUGCUGCUCCCCAGGAACAAAGCCGGGCCGGGGCCCAGUGCAGUCAGCUGGGCACGUGCUCCAGGGAUGCCACUGCUGAGUAGGCUGGUACCAGGCACAUGCCCUGGGAGGGACCUCUCUCAACUCUUGAGUUGCUGCUUGGACCAGCUGAACACAUGGGGACGUGUGCCAGGGGCUUUUUCCCUGGCAGGAUUCCUGGUAUGUUCAAACUACCUCACCAACAGGACACCACACCAGGAGCCUGCCAUCCGAUGGUCUCCCUUGCUGAUUGUGGAAGACGAUGUUUUUCCUAAAAUGCAUCCCACCCGGGCGGCGCCUGUGGCUCAAGGAGUAGGGCACCGGUCCCAUUUGCUGGAGGUGGCGGGUUCAAACCCAGCCCCAGCAAAAAAAAAAUGCAUCGCACCCAUCCUGUCCCAAUUGUGUGGGCUUCAAAAACCACUACCAGGAAGCCUUUCCAGAAAAUGGAAAGGACUGAGGUCUGUUGUUCUUUGAGCCUCAUGGAAUGCCUUAUAGGGAAGUGUUCCAGCAAGGUGCAGGAACUGGGAGCCCUGGGGGGAAGAUAAUGUGCCACCAGUCUUUAAAAGGACCUGCCCACACUGAAUAUAUAGCAAAGACUAUGGCAUAAGUCGAAUAGUGGCCAAAACAAAUCACUAAUAACUCACUAUGGGGCCCUCUGAAGAGAGGACUGUGCUGGAGUAACCAUGGCAACAGCAGAUGCCAGCAACCUACUCAUUAGAAUCACCCCGUGAUAAGGUAUGCCCUGGGUAAGACCCAGGGGCCCUAAAGUAGCAAAGUAGCAAAUGUAGCAAUAAUGGGCCUGAGGCCAUCCAGGGACAGGGCCCAAGUGACCUGGCCUCAGCCCUCUCCCCAGCCCCGGGGAGGGCUCAGAGCCAGCUGCUGUCAGCUGCUCCAGGGUGCGGCCCUGCUCCACACCACAAGCCCCUGUCCUAGAUGCUAAGCCGGCUUUCCGCAUGAUCAUGGACACAUCGGAAUGGCCUUCCCGUAGUGCAUGUGGUUCACAUUAGUUUAUUUUUCUGGAAUUUGGGGAUUGGACCCCAGAA